AUCGAGCCUCUAGAAGCGAUCGUGUCUGUCCAGCACAAGCUGAAAAAAAACUUUCCUCUGCUCUUGCUGCAAUUAUCUACGCGAACACACAGGGGCGCUGUUUCCAUAGCUGCUGAUUGCUGGUAUUUGCUGAAGGAUUGUGUUGCUUCCAAAUCUUCUGAACUUCAAUUUGCCGGUUCCGAACAAGUUCUGGAAGUGUGUUCAGCAUACUUAGGAGGCCUUCUGAGCGCCUGCUCCCGGGUACAGCACCACAGGCCCGGAUCCACCACUUGGGCAGCUGCGUGGCGCCUUCACGUCACGGGGACACCAAAAGUUAGCUGCGCGGCUAAAACCCCAAAGUCUGUGCGGACCCGAUAAAAAAAGUUCGGCGAUACAGUCUAGACUCCCUAGUGACUUGGGGCCGCAUGCCCUUCCAGAACUUUUGCUCGGCUGCUUGGAUACUGGACUCGCGUUCUUACGGGCUUUUACGCAGUUUUACAUAGGCGACGUCGUGGACUGACUGACGGACAGGACCGCCGUCGGAUCGGAACCGGGUUUGUUUUGGACGGCAAUGCGAUAGGAAGACGGCAGUGUCGCCGUUCGGACCGCUGAUUUGGCGGCUCGAGGUGAGCAGCAAUCGAGGCCUGCGGGUCAGGCUUCUAGCGGGCUCGAGUAGAGCCCGUCGCCGCCUACGAGGACUUACAGGCAGGUUCGAAGCACCGCCCCUGCCGGGACUAUGGAACGGAUGGAAGUGGACCAUUGCGCAGGCGCAGCUGGCGGGGCUUUACGCAGGUCCAACAGCGCCCCCAUGAUAACGAAUGUCGGGGAGCGGAUGGCCGUGACCAGUCAGACCGUAACGGUCCGAUACAGACGAGUGUCGGUCAACUGCAGCUGUCCGUCACAGGAGGACAAUAUGGAUGCGGCACUUCGAGGGAACCUGCAGAGACUCGGCGCUUCCGGUGUGGUUUCGGUUCCUUCCAGCAGCCAGUGGCAAGAGGACGCCCCCGAGUGGGUUCGCUCGCAGGACAGCGCCAUCACGCCAAACUCGUCACCGAGUCCCAGUAGGAGGUUCAGACCUGUGGGUGGAGCGAGUAUCAGAUGGCCCGCCUUAACGCCACUCAAGAGGAAAGGGGGGGUGGAGUCAGACGGUCCACCCAAGAAGCUUUUUGUUACUGGCGUCUUAGACUCCAUCCACCACAGCAGCUACGCGCGCCUCACCUGCAGACUCUGCCCCCAGGGUUGCCACCAGUUCUCAGUCAUCUCCGUUCUCACCCCACCAGCACUCGGCGCAUUAACCUCCCCCUCCCCCCGCACCAAUGGCCCUCCUCCGCAUCCUGUCUCACCUUGACCAUAUCCAGAGGAAGCCGCUAAAGAAGUGGGCGGAGCCCGCAGCCAUGGAAGUGCCUUAGAGCGACCUUCACCGCUUCUUUAGCCAAGAAGAAGCAACAUACGAACGAGCGGCGACCAUCUUUGUUUCGCAUGUACAGACUGAAUUCUUUGUUUUUUUAACCUUUGACCUUCCAGCGGUAUUGGUCGGUCACACAGUCCAAGUUGUUCAAACUGUUUUGCACUUCAAAACCAACUGGAUGCUUUUUAGGCGUCAGAGUGGACACCUUCCCCCCCCCCCCCCCAUGACAAAAUGUUGACAGCAUCAACGCGAUCAUCCAACACGGCCUCAAAGCCAAGAACGUCCACACAUGAUGAAAGGACGCGUUGUUGCGCUGGUGUGCUCAUGAGGGUGAACAUGCUAAGCUGAUGGAGUCAUCGUUGUUUCUCACCUUGAAGUGAAGGAUUUGCACAUGUACAACUUUUCUUUGAAGCCAAAGACGACCUCAGCAUCAUUAGCUUAUUUCUGGACUUCCUCUUUCCUCCAUUUUGGAUUUCCGCUUCCUGUCGGUUUGCCAGCUUCAACCUCAUAUUUGAUGUUUCCAUGGCAACAAGAGCUGACCAAAUUAGGCGUGACGGUCGUCAUGGUCACGGCUUGAAGUAUUCGACAUUUCACUUGUAAAAGAAAAGACUUUCACAAGAAGGAAAUAAGAACAAAAUGUACUUUUAUGCAAUGUUGAUAAAAGGUCAAUAAAAGUCAACAAAAAGCAGCACUU